CUUCUCAAUUCGCAAAUUUCCACUUAUCCCGUUAUGGCAGCAUUUGAUCAGUCUGCCCUCUUUGCCAAACCCUAAGCCUGUGUACCCAUCAGGUCAUACGCCAAAAUGCUCUUUUUCAUUUCUUUCAAUCUCCUCAAACUCAAUACCAAAACCCUAGAAACUAUCCAAUCCACCCUCUACAAGCUCAUCUUCACCAAAUCAAUGUCCCAAUGCACCUCCAUUCCCAGAAAGCAGCAGCGAGUGCGCGACCAUGGCUACGACAAUUACAUGGAAAUCGAGAAGAAAACCCGCAAGGUUCUCAAGUUCCAGUCCCUAAUUCUCUCCCAAAUCAACCAAACUAUGCCAAUCUCUCGCCUUGACAACCUCGCUCGCCGCCUCGGCUUUAAACAGUACGAGGCCGGCGCUUUUGUAUUGAAAUUCCCCCACGUCUUCGAAGUCUAUGAGCACCCUGUUCAACGCAUCCUCUAUUGUCGUUUAUCCCGCAAAGCCCUUCUUCAAAUUCAACAAGAAAAGGAAGCCUUGAUUGCCCAGAUACCCGAUGCUGUCACCCGCUUAAGGAAACUGAUAAUGAUGUCGAGCACUGGUCGGCUGCGAUUGGAACAUAUACGGAUUGCCAGGUCUGAAUUUGGGCUGCCUGAUGAUUUUGAGUACUCUGUUGUUCUUAAAAACCCACGGUAUUUUAGACUAAUAGAUGCGGAAGAAACGAGGAAUAAGUACAUUGAGAUUGUUGACAGAGACCCCAAAUUAGCUGUUUGCGCGAUAGAGAAAGCUAGGGAGAGAGAGUAUAGGGAGAAAGGGAUGGAUGCUGAAGAUAUUAGGUUUUCGUUUAUCAUCAAUUUUCCACCUGGUUUUAAGAUGGGAAAGUAUUACAGGAUUGCAGUGUGGAAAUGGCAAAGGACACCUUAUUGGUCACCUUAUGAGGAUAUUUCUGGAUAUGAUCUGAGGUCAAUUGAGGCUCAGAAGAGAUUGGAGAAGAGAGCAGUGGCAACUAUUCAUGAAUUGUUGUCAAUGACGGUGGAGAAGAAAAUCACACUGGAGAGGAUAGCACAUUUUACAAUGGCUAUGAAUUUACCUAAGAAGUUGAAGGAGUUUUGCCUUCAGCAUCAGGGGAUAUUCUAUGUUUCAACAAGAGGGAAUCAUGGUAAGCUGCACACGGUGUUUCUUAGGGAGGCCUAUAGGAAGGGGGAAUUGGUAGAGCCAAAUGAUUUGUAUCUGGCAAGGAGGAAAUUGGGUGAGUUGGUGUUGAUGAGUCCAAGGAAGGCAAAAGUGGAUAUAGAAUUGGUUAGCUAUAAGCGGAAUAGUGAAGGUGAUGAAAUGGAGCGACUUGGAAGAGACUACAUGGAAAAUAAUUUUGAGGCUAGCAAGGAUAAGCAAGAUGGAGAGUAUAAGGAUGAUUUGAAUGCGGACUUGGGUAGCGAUGUUGGCUCUGAUUUUACAGAUGAGGAUGAUGAUGAUAAUGUUGUUGACACUGUCAAUGCAGAGGAUGCUCAUGUAACAAAGCGACUAAGAUAAGAUUGGUGAUAGAAGUUCUUGUUGAGCUUUUGUAGUUCUUAUUAAUCGUUAUUUGUGAUUAUUCAAAAAUUUUACGUCCCACUGACAUUGUUGGAUAGAGGAAUGAAUCUUUCUUGAUUGUAUUGGAGACGAAAGAAGAAAAGCCUCAUAUAGAAUUCCUUCAUUAAAGGUUCACAGUAAAAUUUCUAGUACUUCAAGUGACCCUUGUAGACGCCUUAGAGUAGAAGAGUUCUUGUUAGCUGUUGAAGCCUGAAGGAGUUGAAGAUUAACCUUGAUAUUCCAAGUUAUACAAACAGACCAUGAGACUGUUCAUGGAAUCACGUCAGCCAACCUGAAUGUGUGUUGAUUUAUUCGUUCCGAUAAGAAAAAUAAGCUGCCACUGCUGGGCUUGUACAUGUUUGAUCAGUUUGAAGAUGAUCUGUGGCAAUUUCAUUACAUUAUUAGUUAUUUGAUCAUCUGCUUCUUAUGAAUUCAUCAUAUAUGAUAAUAUGGAUUGUUAACCCGACUGAUCUAAUAGGUGUGCUUGAAAUAUGAUGGAUGUGUUUUAAUGUAUUUUCCUUCUACAUUUCUACCUGCUAGGAAUUUCAAUUUUUCUGUAUAUGGUUUAGCUACUUUACCAGUAAAUUGUAAAAAUACUCUGGCUCGUUGUGAUGCA